AUGAGCAAUAAAUUUCCCUUCUUCCAUUUAAUCAAGCGUCCUUCCCGUGCCCUCAAAAAAUACAACUACGAUCUUCACCUCUCUUGUUACGUGAAGCCCAAUUCCUCCUUCAACCGGGUGACUGCAGUGGGAACCAAUCGAAUCGACGUGUCAGUCACGGCAGCUCCUCGUGACGGAGCAGCGAAUUUCGCCGUGUCGCAGAUCAUUGCGGAUGUGAGUCUCAAACGUCUCAAACGUUUCACUGAAACUUACACCUCACAACAGAUCCUGACAAUUUCGCUGACAUUGAUCCAGGUCUUCCAAGUCCCCAAAUCCACUGUUGAGGUGAUCCGCGGAGCCAAGGCGCGUCAAAAAACACUAUGCAUCACCGAGCUGAGCAUCGGCGACGACCAAGAGGCCUUUUUACAACAAGCUACACAAGCACUGGUUAAUGCGACCGAGAGAAAACACUCCAGGUAG